AUGGCCAAAAUAAGUGAGUUUCCUGAUGACUUGCUGAUUAAGAUAUUAUCGUUUCUUCCAACAAAAGUUGCUGUAUCUACUAGCGUUUUGUCAAAACAAUGGCAGUUUAUUUGGAUGUGGUUGCCUAAACUCAAGUUCACUAAUGAUUAUUCAAACCCUAUAAUGCUUAGGGAUUUUAUUAGCAAGUAUCUUCCAUUACAUAGAGCUCCAGUCAUAGAAAGCUUGCACCUCAAGUGUAACUGUGAAUCAACUGAACCUGAGGAUAUUAAACAAUGGGUUGGUAUCGCGGUUUCUCGAUGCGUUCGUGAGCUAAGUAUCUACCGUUCAGUGUUUUAUAAUGCUGUAUUUCUGCCUAGUAGCUUGUAUACAUGCAAAUCACUGGUGACUUUAGAACUUGACGGCAAUAUUCUUGUGAAUGUUCCUCAAAUGGUUCUUCUGCCUUGCUUGAAAACUUGCAAACUCCAACGUGUGAUAUACUCAAACGAAGACUCUCUUCGCAUGCUUCUAUCUCAUUGCCCGGCUCUUGAAGAUCUGACUAUUAGCGGAAUUGCGGGUGACAAUAUGGGAGCGUUAGUGGUUAAUGUCCCAUCCUUGAAGAGGUCUUCCUUGUAUAAAGGUAAGACAUGUUCUUCUUCUGAUAGGAAUGUGAUAGUUACCCCUUCUUUGAAGUAUUUCCAAGUUGAAGAUUAUAGAGAGAAUGUCUCCUAUUUGAUUGAGCAUAUGCCGAAUCGUGAAGAGGCAGAUAUAUGUGUUUGGCAAGAUAUCGACAAGUUUCUCGAAUCAAUGACAUCUGUCAAAAGUCUUACACUACGUGUGUUGCGGCCUGUGUAUCUUCCUGUUGUUGUCUUCAAUCAGCUUGAACAUCUGACACUACAUAUUAGCAAUAAUUACUGGUCGAAGUUACUUGUUCGGUUGCUCAAAGUUUCUCCUGAACUGCGAGUCCUCAAUCUCGACGUCGAUAAGUAUGGACGAUAUGACGAGUAUCAAACGGUUAUUUGGAAUAAUGAGCAGAGCUCUGUUCCUGAAUGUUUGUUGAAGAGUCUUGAAACUUUUAGGUUUUCAGGGUACGAAAGAAGAGAAGAAGAGAGAGAUUUCUUCAGUUUUUUCUUCCAAUAUGCUUGUUGUUUGAAGUAUUCAUCAAUCUUUAGAUGA